CCAAAGAAAUGAACGUUCUUCAUGGCCUUCACAAAUCUUUCCUCCCUUCCACUGUUCUUCAUCUCCUGCAAAAAAACUACACUUUCUUCACAACCUCCUCCGCUCACCACCUUCCCACCAUUCAAAACCUCACCAACUUCCUCACUACUUCCUUGCACCCUCACUCCAACUCCAUAUCUUCUCUCAACAAGCUCCAUUCCCUUCUCAUUGUUACUGGAUUCAUCCAAAGCACCUUCUUUCUCAAAGAAACCAUUGUAAAGUAUGCAUCUUUUGGCCUCCCAGAGCUUGUGCUUUCCCUUUAUAGAACAACCGCUGCACCCACCUUGUUGCUGCUGAACUACACUGUCCGCAGCCUCUCGGAUCAUGGCUUUUAUGAUCAUGUUCUUAACUUGUAUGCGUGGUGGCGGAGAUGUAAUUUUCAGUCGGAUAAUUACACGUUUCCCUUUGUGAUCAAGUCUUGUGCAGCUCUUGGUACUCAAAGGUUGGGAAAAGAAGUUCAUUGUGUUGUGCUUAAAACUGGGUAUGGUGGUCAUUCGGUUGUUCAGACUUCUCUUCUGGAUAUGUAUGCUAAGACGGGUUCUAUGGAAUAUGCGGAGAAGGUAUUCGAUCAAAUGUCUCAAAGAGACUUAGUCUCUUGGAAUGCUUUAGUUUGCGGUUAUUUGACGAAUGGGUAUUGCCCAGAGGCAUUUGAAGCUUUCCGGGAGAUGUUGGCUGUUGGUUUGAUGCCGAGUGCGAGCACUUUGGUAAGUGUGUUACCUGUUUGCAUGAUAGUAGGAGAAUUAAGUUCUGGUAGAUCUUUGCAUGGUUUUGCUAUCAAAUGUGGGGUCUUGGAUGAUGAAGUUAUGACGCCUACUUUGAUCUCAAUGUAUGGUUGUUUCAGUGACUUGAAUUCUGCGAGGAAGUUGUUUGAAAUGAUGCUUGAAAAACACGUAGUUGCUUGGAAUGCCAUGAUAUCUGCAUAUGCUAAAGUUGGUGAACCAGGUGAAGCCUGUGGAGUUUUCCAACUCAUGCACCGUUCUGAUACGAAGCCUAAUUUGGUCACAUUGGUGUCUGUUCUUCCGUCUUGCUGUAAUCUUGCAAAUGCUUGCUAUGGUGAGUCAGUGCAUGCUAUUGGGAUUAAAUUUGGUCUGACGUAUAAUGACGGUGUGGUAUCUGCUCUUGUGUCAAUGUAUGCUAAGCUUGGGGAGCUAGAUGCAGCUCGAUAUCUUUUCAAUUCGGUGUCAGAAAAGAGCCUUCUAUUAUGGAACUCCAUGAUCUCUGGCUACCUUCUGGAUGGGCUAUGGCACAAAAGCUUGGACAUUUUCAUCGACAUGAUAGCUAGAGGUGUUAUGCCAGAUGCAAUCUCAAUGAUCAGUGUUAUCUCUGCGUGUAGCAUAUCUCAGGACUUGAGGUCUGGUGAUUCCACCCAUGCUUACAUCAUUAGAAAUGGUUUCGAUUCAGAUGUGAAUGUGAUUAAUGGGCUAUUAUCUAUGUACUCUGCUUGUCAUCGGCUCGAUGCUUCUCUCAAUUUGUUUCACAAGAUGAAGGCAAGAAAUGUAAUAUCUUGGAAUGUUUUGAUUUCAGGCUUGGGUAAGAUAGGAGACACUGAAGGUUCCAUGGCUUUCUUUCAUCAGAUGGGUCAAGAAGGUGUGAAAUUUGAUCUGAUCACCCUGAUCAGCAUCAUCUCUGGCUUUAACCAGGUCGACGAGAUAACCACAGGGAUGCCUUUUCAUGCUUUGGUUAUCAAAAGUGGUUACUCCUCCGAUACCCAGCUUACUAAUGCACUUAUAAGUAUGUAUGCUAAUUGUGGUAACAUGCAAGCUGGUCAGCUACUUUUCAACAGUUUAGAGAUGAAAAGUGUUGUAUCUUGGAAUGCUCUGAUGACGGGAUACCGUGACUGUAACUUAUUCGAGGAGGUAAUGGUUCUGUUUGAUCAGAUGAAGAUGGGAGGUCAGAAACCUAACUCAGUAACCUUAUUAAAUUUAUUGCCCAUAUGCAUCUUUCACCAACAAGGCAAGUCAAUCCAUGCAUUUGCUCUUAGAAAUUUUUCAAUCAUGGAGUCUUCUCUUCUCACAUCAGCCAUGUGCAUGUAUGCUAGAUUCGAGAACUUAGAUUAUUGCUGUCUACUUUUCGAACAGCUGGAUAAGAGAAAUAUUAUUUCUUGGAACACAAAGAUGUCAGUUUAUCUCCAAAGCAGACACAUAGCAAACUCUGUUACUUGCUUCAAAGAAUUGCUUACGUUAGGAAUGCAACCCGAUUCAGUAACCAUUUUGAUCUUAGUUUCCGCCUGUUCUGUUGUGGGGAGUCUAGAGCUGGCUCAGUGCAUCACAAGUUUCAUAAUCCGCAAAGGAUUCGAUAAAAACAUCUCUGUAAUCAAUGCUCUAAUUGAUAUGUAUGCCAAAUGCGGGAGCAUAGCUAUUGCAAAAGAGUUAUUCAACACUACACACAACAAAGACACUAUCACAUGGAGUGUGAUAAUUAAUGCAUUCGGGAUCCAUGGCGAUGGUCUUGCCGCUCUCAAUCUCUUCUCCAAGAUGCAGGAAGCUGGACUGAAACCUGAUGAUGUUACUAUCAUUAGCAUAUUAUCAGCUUGCAGUCAUUCAGGCUUGGUCAAGGAAGCAAGAGUUAUAUUCAAGUCAAUGAUAGAGGAUCACUGGAUAAAACCACGGAUGGAGCAUUAUGCAUGUAUGGUAGACCUCCUCGGCCGGACGGGAUACUUAGACGAGGCAUAUGAUCUUAUUAGGAGGCUUCCGUUUAAGCCCUGUUCCAGUUUGUUAGAGUCACUACUUGGAGCUUGUAGGAGCCAUGGAAAUGUUGAAAUUGGAGAAGCAAUUGGUAAAUUGCUUCUUGAGUUGAAGAGUUGUAGCUCUAAUUCAUAUGUGAUGCUUUCAAACAUCUAUGCAGUGGAUGGAAGGUGGAAUGAUUCAAAAACAGUGAGAUAUGAUAUGGAAAUGAAGGGAUUGAAGAAAGAACCGGGAGUUGCUCUUAUUGUUGACAAUUAAUUCGGUUAUUCUCUUCUCCUGAUGGAGUGCAUCAGGGAAAUAUAAAACAAUUUUGUCCCUGGUGCAGCUCUGGCUAAUUAAGUAUAGGC